AUUGUUCACAUGUGUUCGUUCGUAAGGAUGGGUAUAAAAAACCUCUCCAACCAAAUUACGAAGGACCAUUUGAAUUAUCGAGGAUUCCAACUAACUUUCCUAUAAAUACGCAAGAAAUAAACAAAAUUUUCACAUUAAACAGCUGUUCUUCAAUCGAACAACAACUGCGAAAUAAUUCCUCUACUACUAAAAAUGCUAACAACAUUGAGAGACGAAUUUACUCAAAUUAAAAUAACAAUUGAUCCACAAAGUUCAGUCUCUGUUUUUCCGGAAUUUAUUUUCGAAAACCAGCCGACUCAACUAUCAUUAUACACUCCGAACAGAAUUUUCCCACUAUAUCGGUUGUGUGAUAAAACUAUUAAAAUACGUGGAACUAUCUUUACGUGGCAAUUCUACACGUCAGAUACUUCACACAUAAUUCUAGGUUCCGAUUUUCUUCAAAGAUUCGGAUAUAUUAACUAAGGAACUACAAAGUACACUGAAUAAUCACUGUACGAAUAAAUCACUCUACUAGUUUGUUCAUACGAACUACUAGAUUUGAAUUAAAUUCGAUCAACCCUUCACUGACUUGGCCUAUAAAUACGGCAUACGCCCUACAAAAUUUUAUCAGUCUAAUAACGAUCUUUAUUCCUUAAACAUCGUAAAAAAUAAAAAAAGUAAAAUGACUUCAGUUCAACAACUUUUGCAACAAAUUGCAAACGGUAUUACUGAACUCAAACAAGAUGUUACCGCCAUCCAGCGAACUUUAGUUCGUAUGGAAGCCGGCACUAUGCAGCCGCCCUGCCGUACAAGACGUCGUUCCGCAUCUCGAGCCACGCAGACUUGGCCUGGACAACAACAACAACCAAAUCAACAGGCCCACCGCUUUGCCCCGUAUCAAAGUGGCCCUUCAAAUCAGCCAGUACCAUCGUCGUCUCGAAAUUCAUCCUCCGUCGCAAUGCAAGCUCAGCCAGUACCAUCGUCGUCUCGAAAUUCAUCAUCCGUUGCAAUACAAGCUGCUGGUCCCGCCGAAAUUCGUCUAUCCAAUAUGCGCCGUGUUUUGAACAAGGCAGCCGACACACCAAUACCCAGAACCAUUUGCAUAAACCACAAAAGGUUUGGAAAGGCAACAGACAUCCGGCGAUGCCCCGAUUGGUGCACUAUGCGCAAUCCAGCUCCCGCAAAUCCACCGAUGGACAAUGAACUGGACAUAUCUGAUGCGGAAAACUUACCACCACCAUUGUUACCCGAACCAAUGGAACGAAAUGCCAUUCCAACUGCCGAAGAAAUGAGUUUGGAACUCGAAAAUGAACUAUUAAAUCUUUCAGAAUAGGAGGGGAGGUAUUGUGGUGGCGAUCAUAGAUUGCCUUUAAAUUGUAAUUAACAGAGUAACCUCCGAACUUAGUUAUAAAUACCCUGUACGACUGUGAAAUAAAUUCAUUCCAGUUUUGGAUAUAGACGAGUGAACAACGCGUUUCUCUUCCUCCACAGUUUUUAUUUAUUUUUAACAGCAUUCCAUAUCACUGAUGUAUAUAGUGGAUUAUAUAAUUAUACACAGAUGUAAACAAAAUGAUUUUGUGGUAUUUUCUUGGC